AUGUUUGAUAGCUCCGUUAAUCGGUGGGCGAACGCGCCUAUGCCGGCUUCUAACACGAGUGUCGGUGUUUUGGCCGUCAGCUAUGGCCUAAACACACUGAGCAGCAUUCUUCGUUUCGAGAUGCUGUUGCUUUCUCUCAACGUGUCACAGACAGUGUCUAUAGGCAGUUCUACCUCCAAUCGCGCACUGACCACGAGCACAGGUAGUCGUAAAGAUCGCUUUUCAGCGCGAGCAUCAGAAAAGCGCAAGGCAUUUAGCGGAUCGGGUAACGAGGACGAGACCGUGGUCGACAAUAACCACCAUGAAUCACGCGCAUCCAUUUCCACCGCUCCAUCUCACGUAACUGCAAGCUCUUCGGGCUCUGGGGAGGGCAUGUCGCGUGAAUCGAAGUUGCCGCCUGAGGCUUAUCACCCCGAGACUCCUGCAUUAUGUGAAAGUGUUUUGGCAGUCGGCUCAAACUCGACCAAAGAGGAGAUACUUUCUCAGCUUGACGCCAGUCAAAUGGAGGCCAUGGUUGCGAUAAUGCAGGGUGGGAAGGUUGCAGAUGACUUGGGUGAUCGUCAGUCGCCGGGCCCCGGUGGGAGAGCCAAGAGACAGAAGAAGAGUAAGAAGUAG